AUGGCCAAAUUUCAAAAGUCGACAGCUGCACCCAGACCACCUCAAAAUCAUUUACCCCCAAAGCAGUCAAGUCAAAGACCUCCGCCACCGCAACAACAAAGACAACAAAGACCGCAAAGACCGCCCACGCAACCAACUUCUGCCAUUCCUCCACCACCUGAAAAGGGUUCCGGUGGUGGCCUCAAUUUGGUAGAAAUUCAACGUCGCAUUGCCGAAGCCAAGUCUCGACUUUCUAGUAAUCCUGCAGCAGCAGCCGCUUUGCGUCCUAAUGCCAAAGUCAGUGAGACCAAACCAGCUGCAUUACCUUUUGAUGAAUCUGGCAACCUUGAUUUUAAAGCCAUGAUGGAUACCGGCCUUAUACCCCGUCGAGAAACUACGAAUUCCAAAGCUAUUCAACGUACGAAACAACAAAAACUGACUGCUACAGCUGCUGCUGCAGAAAAGAAGCCUAUGAAAUUAGAAGAUUCAGUACCUGCCGAUUUUACCGACCCUACAAAGAAUCCCUAUUUCGAUCCAACCAUGGGUGUGAAAAUCGCACCUGUCUCGCGUCGUUCACGUCCAAUGAAGUUUGUCCAGCCUGGAAAGUAUAUCAAUAUCGCUAAUGAGGAGAGAGCAAAACAACAAUUCGAAAAGUUAAAGCAGGAAAUUACCGAGAAUGUAAAGAAGGCUGGUAUGCAAACUGAAUUCGAUGUAUCUGACAAAGUGAUAAAGAGAGUUGCACCACCAGCUGUUGAGUGGUGGGAUGCACCCUUUUUAGCAAACAAAACAUACGAUGAUUUAAACGAUACCAGUGAGAUCAACCCAGACAAAUUGGAUAGCUUGGUCACCAUGUAUGUGCAUCAUCCAGUAGUCAUUCGACCUCCUAGCGAAAUAAACGCAGUACCUGUUGUGAGAUCUUUAAUGAUGACCACCAAAGAACGUAAGAAGAUGAGAAGACAAAGAAGAGCUGAAGCAUUAAAGGAUAAGCGUGAUAAGAUCAGAUUGGGUUUAUUGGAGCCUGAUGCUCCCAAGGUUAAAAUCAGUAAUUUGAUGAAGGUUUUGGGUGAAGAGGCGAUCCAAGAUCCUACAAAGGUCGAAGCCAAGGUUAGAAAGGAAAUGGAACUUCGUCAAAAGAUGCACGAUAAAGCAAACGAACAGCGUAAAUUAACACCGGAUGAAAGACGAGCAAAGAUCUUGAAUAAAUUGAAGGAGGAUCAAAAGACGAGUAAUGAAGUUGCGGUCUUUAAGUAA